AUGCCAGACGUGAAGCCUCCCCCACCAUGUGACUACCCCUCCACUUCCUCCGCCGCAGCCUCCGCCGGCUCUCCCGCUGGCUGCACCUCUCACCUCGACCUUGUCAUCGACAUGGAGCCCUGCAUCACCAACCUCCCCCUGUCCCCCGACCCCUUAUCCUCCUUCCCCCGACACAGGCCCGACCUCCCUCACUACCCGGGACCUGCCUUCCCGCUCAUGGCUCGGUGCAACAGCAGCACCCUGCUCACUAACUUGGGUCUGAGGUACUGCUCCGGCCGGCAGGGUCCUCUGGGGGUGGAGCCGGGUCAGGGGAUGGUCCCAGGAUGCAACGUCCACACCGGAAGCAGCGGCAGGAGACCUUACAGGAGUAUGGAGAACCUGAACUGGAACACUAUGGCAGAUUCCGGCCUGUGUGCGCUCAGCGCUGCCCCCUACAGGAGCAUGGACAGUGAGUUUAUUUUGCGCUACACCUCCACCAGUCACUGGUAUGAUGGGCCUCCAGAUGGAUCUGUAGUGGGGGCCCACGGGCUGUUGCCUAACCCGGAGAGCCUGGCGUUUUACCCUCGGCACGGGCUGCCCAGAAAGGACCUGCCGCUCUUCCCUCAGCUCCUGCUUCCAGGUGGUGUCGACGAAUGGGACGCAAGGAAGGGCCUGAGGGAGAAGCUCCGCCUCCAGAGCGCAAGGUCAGCUGUUGAGCCUCUGAAGCCCCUCCCACUGCGGCCUCAGGUGACUCCGGAGAGUAUGCACAAUGGGAAUAUUGGGGCCAGGCCGCUUUGCACAAUGCGCAUCACUAGCCCAGAGGAGAUCAAGCAGGAGGUGUUAAGGCGCUUACAGCUCCGGCGACAGAACAGUAGCCCCAACCUGGCUCUCCACAGCUCCCCGUGCAGCCCAAAAGCGGUAAAGACAUCCUACACAACUGACAAUAUUGCAGGUAGCAGGAGCGGAUCAGACUCUGCAUCAGAGCGUCGCAGACCUCCUGUGGGACGCUUACAUAUCCCUACGUUUGAGGAGUUUAAGAGGAUGAGGCAGAGGGAGGGGAAGCAGAACCUGGAUGCAGGUGAAAGGACAGGCAGCAGUGAUGAGGGGCUGCAGACCUUCACCUCCUCAGAGAAACUUGCUUCUAACACUGUGAGCAAUACCAGCGCUGCGUCUCCCACUCCCUCCUCCACCUCUGUGUCCUCCGCGUACUCUCCGAUCCGCACAGGCCCGUCUCCGCGCUCGCCCCUGCAGCCACAGGCCAGCUCGGCCCAGGACAAAGCCGCCAUUGUAGGAGGAGACGACGGGAGCGCCAGGCGUAGGAGGAGCAGUCUGGAACCAGCUGGGUCGGUUCCCUUCCCGCCCAGCAGGGAGAACUGGGACCGUCCCUCCAGCUGCUGCCCAGCGCUGCUUCUGGAGGGGACCGACCUCUCCAGCUAUGGAGCCAAGAUCUAUAAGAUGAAGGAUGGUCUCAUCGGCUCGGCGCUGGACCUCAUCAAGAAAAGCUGCAGUGCAGAGAUCUCCGCCGAGGCCCCCGUCAGGCUGUCAGGUGACCGGGACGGAGGCUGUGACAUCACCGCCCCCUCGACCGACUGUCAGCCCUCCGCCGUUGCCAUGGCAACGUCGGCAACGGCCUGCGGAGCCGAGGCUGGCGACGAGGCGCCUGCAGGAGAAGGAGGUGGAGGAAGAGAGGAAGCAGGAGAAUGCCACACCAGCCUGGGCUGCAGGCGCUCCAGCUCGGACGCAGCCUAUGAGCUGGCUGAGACGGUGAGAGCGCAGCGUGAGUGCCGCCUCCGGCCCCACUACAGUGACCCCAUGCCAGCCGACGCCUCCAAGCGCAAACAGCUGGAGAUGAAGAUCGCUGCCGCCGCCCGGCUCCACAGCCACCGUCGAGACCGCGACAGAGACAGAGACACAAUCCGCGGCCGCUCAGAGCCCCCCGGUGAGGAGCGCCAGGCGAUUCUGGGUGUGACUCGGUCCGGGCAGCACCGCUGGAGCACCAUCAGCAGCCUGAGUGCAGACAGCGGAGUGGUGGGCCUCAGCGAUGAGCGGGAGGAGGAGGACAGCGAGCCCCGGCGUUACCGCAGGAGCCGGGGAGCCGAGGUGGAGCGAGUGGACAGCGGCAUCGGCCCGGGUCUGUCCCGCACCUGGAAGAGACCGUCGGCUUCCCUCAGAGCCUGGGAGGCCCAGAGACCGUGUCCAGACUGCGGGCUGAGGGACGGAGCCUCCAAAGAGCGAGGAGAGCGAAUGUGUGAACGUUGCUCCAAGCUGCGCACGGAGCGAAAGGAAGCCAUCCUGGAGUUUCUGAACACUGAGUCGAGCUACGGCGAAGACCUGAGGAUCAUCAAAGAGGAGUUUUACUGCCCCAUGCAGAGCGCUGGGCUGCUGACAGCUGAGCAGCUCACCGUGGUGUUUGGGAACGUUCAGGAGUUGAUAGACGUCAACGACCGCUUCACUGAACACCUGCAGGACAGCAUCGACCAGGCCUUUGACCAGGGCGAUGAAGAUCUGCUGACAGUCUACAUCGGAGAAAUCUUCCUGGAGUUCGUGAACAUGCUGCCCGCCUUCCAGACCUACUGCCUGCAGCAGUCCACCUCGGUCAACAUGCUCAACACGCUGGAGAAGGAGAAAGAACUGCUCAGAAUCUUCCUGGAUGUUUCCCAGAAUGACAACACAGCACUGCGUCGUAUGAACUUGCGCUCCUUCCUCAUGGCUCCCCUGCAACGCGUGACUAAAUACCCACUUCUACUGAGCCGCAUCAUUAAGGUCACCCCCGAAUGUCACCCCGACUACUCGCGUCUCCGUGAGGCCAAAAGUCGGGUCGAGUCCCAUCUGGAGCACAUCAACAUGAAGACCAAGCAGGAGGGCAACGGCGUCACCUGGUCCCUGCGCUCGUUCCGUCGCGACAGCCGCAAGAACCGGGAAGUGAUCAACAUCGAGAUGCGGGAGGUGUCGAUGAAGACGGUGGGCUGGGCGCGAGAAAACACGCGGUUCGUGAUGGAGGGACCACUCCAGUUGUCCCAACCGGCGGACGGGCAGUGGGUGAAGAAGGGCAGCAAGGCCCUCAAGUUCCAAAACGUCCAGAGUCUGCUGAUGGUGAGGACACAGCGGUCCGGCGAGGCCCCAGGACAGGGCGCCGACUUGGCGGCACGUGGGGAUCAGGUGGAAAGCAGUGGAGAGAGCAUUCGAGAUGGAGUGCUGGUUCUAAUCAAGGACAAGAGCAGCGGGAAGUUCGCGGUGCUGCGGGAGCCCAUCCGCCUGGGGAACUGCGUGGUGUCGACAGAUCCAGAGAGUGAGGACACUUUCGAGGUGCUCGAUAUCCGGCGGGAGUCUUUCGUUUUCCGCGCCUCGGACAAAUCCCGCACCCAGCAGUGGUUCCAUCAGAUCAAGAGAUACGCCCGAGACUUGGGCACUUGGAGGAAAAGACGUAACGCUUUGCCCAACAUCAUGAUCAACACAAACCAGACGCGCUCCUGAGACUAGCCACCUUUGUAACACUGUAUAUAACCUGAAUCCUUCUACUGCAAAAAUCAGCUAACAACAUGAAGCAUUUCUGAGUGACGCCACUGUUAUAACUUGUUAGAUUUCAGUAAAAAAAAAUAAAAAUCUUUCUCAAAAUCUCGUGAGGGUAAGAGAAAGAUAAAGCACUUUUUUCCUACAAAGCUCUAAGUGCGCCAUACUGUCAUGAAAUAUGUACGUAGAUUUAAUUUUAAGCCGUUACAUUUCCAAAAAAGAGAAAAAAAACACAAUCAUGGACGACCAAAAAACUUGGGCUGUGCUUGUCAGCCUUGAUUGUAAAGACUGUUGGAGAAACAGAGCUGUGUUUUCGGUAAAUAAGGUGUGUCUGUUGAAAAGCAUGACUGACUGCAAACAGAAAAAUUGUAAUGUCAUUUUUUUUUUUAUACAAGACAGCGGGGGGCUAAAAACAUUUGUUUCUGGUUUGAAAAGGUGGCGACGUAGUCCAGAGCUUUGUUCAGUGGUUUCUGUUUGUUGUUACUGCCCUUCCCUGUCUGUGUGCCGCCCUCUACUGUACGUCGGCGGUACAGCAACUUUCACUGCCGGAGACGCAGUCAAGCAGAGCCUCUCCAGCAGGCUGAACAGACCUCCAGUGUCACUGUGUUUUCAAUGGGAUAUUCACGUAACAGCAAUAAUCUCUGCCAGUUUUCAAAAUAAGUAGCUACUGUAUAUGCAUUUAAUUUUCAAGGAUUUCCUUUUGGCGUUCAGGUGAUAAUCCUGCUUCAAUGAGCACUGUGUUACCGAGUUCUACAGUAUGUAGCAGAUUCAGCUGGAAUCUGAUUAUGUUUGUUGGCAUGAAUACAGCUUCCCUUCGUCGCCCCCAACACCGAGGAAGUCUCUGUUCCGGUCGUGAGAAUUAAGAUAAUCUUCGUGCCAUGAGGGCAAUCUGUGAAAAGUCUAGUCAGUCUGCUUUGUGUUAACAUCAUGUCAAAUAGGUAGCGUCAAACACUACAGCCUCCUUCACUGUGUGUCGAGUGCAGAGUUUUUCAACCUUGAAUCUAUUUAUGGCACUACAAUACACUUUCAGUAAUACAUAUUCAGUGUAUUCUUUUCUUGAAAAUAAUAAUAGUGAAAUGUGACCAUCUUAAAUACCCCCUCUGGUGAAAAAUCACACUUUUGCCUUGUCAACAUGGCCAUGGCUUCCACCUUGAAACUGCAGAGUUCUAAUGACGGUCUAAAAAAGCAAACUGAGACUUUCAGGGUUUCAUGUGUAACAAACCUAAGGGGCCAAUCCUGAAGACUUACAUCUGUAUCGUUACACUCGAACUGCAAUGAGCAGUGAGGUGUGCAUGAAGAGAGACGAGAACUUAAUAGUUCUGCAAACUCUCAAAAAAAAAAAGCAAAGGUAGAGUUUGAUAUAAGCUAUUUUAAAACACAAAUGGAUUAUUUGACUGGAAAAUACUCCUAAAUAUGUCACUUUCACACCCAACGAUGUGUGUUUAGGGAUUUAAUAUAUGAACAGACCGAACCCCAAAUUUAUUUGGUUUUAAAUUACAUAAAAAGCAAAAUUUUGGCACUUUUAGUUAAACAAAUACUCAAAAUUAAAUUGGAAAAAGUUACAUAAAUUCUGCUGGUGCCCCACGUCCACCACUGCUCAUGGAAGAGAGGAAUGAUUGAGGGCAAAGGAUUACAGUCAAUAAAGUACAUAAAAAAUCCAAUUCCUUGUACUCAAGGUGGGUUUAAAAAAAUAGAAAGCCUCUAUUUCAUUGGGUUAGAGAGAAUUUUAAAAAAACAUGCCAAAGCAUGAGCUUGCACCUUUAUGCCAUUUUCCUUGGCUAUAUUUCUUUCGCCUUCCUUAAACACUUGAAAUUGUUCACUAUGGGCAUCUAAUCUAUUGAUUAUCAUCAGCACUGUCCAUUUGGUUUUGAUGUAUGUCACUAUUUCUGUCUGAUCCCGCCCUCUUCCCAUGAGCAGAAACAUGUUUUUUUUUUUUACAUUUUGGUGUAAAGGUUGAAAAACCCUGCUGAUUUGACAAACUUGCCUCAAAAAACGCAUCCCAACCAUGUUGUUGUGACACAGCUGUACCUGUGUUCUUAUGUGACCUAGCGAUGAGCUGUUGUGCCUUGGUACUCGAUUACUGUUAAGCUAAACCUGACUGAAAUAUUUGCAAUCUGUCACAGUAGCAUUGAAAUACAGACUAGUCUGCCCUCCGUCUGCACUUGACUGAGCUCAACUUACAGGCAAUAUGAUUCCUUCGACAGUUCCUGACUGCUGACGAUAUGUGAUCACCUGAUCCUCUUAUUUUAGCGUGUUCUUACUACUUCAUGGUGUUUUUUUUUUUUAUUUACGAAGGCUUUAUUUUGUUUGAUGCACUUUAUUAUAAUUCAGUAAUAGAAUACUCUUCAGCUGGUAAAACAUCUGUCGUGUUCGUUCACUAUUCUGGACGUUAGAAGGAACCUGGCUGACUGGGGCUAAUUUCAGCACUGUACAGUCGAUCUGUUCAUUAAACCAAACCGCUACUCAAGACCAACGCUGUUAUGUUUUGUUAUAAGGCAGCACAACAAGAGAGAGCGAAUCACUGUGUUUUGGAGGGCAGGGCUGCGAUAUUCCACACCAAUACUCAUGUGGAUGCAGUUUCAGAAUUAACAUUUCCCCCCCAAAAAAAGAAAAAAAAAGCCUGCUGGGUUGCAUAAAGUUUUUUUUCUUUUCCUCAUUUGCGUUUGAAAGACGUGCUGUAUUAUUUCCCCAAUGUAAUAUAUUGUGAAUUAUAUUAAAAGAGUUUAAACAC